AUGAAGUUUAGUAAAUUAUUAAUAUCCUUUUUAAAGGAGACCCUCAGACUGUAUCCUGCUGUGCCAAUCUUCGGAAGACAAGUCGAAGAAGAUACCACCAUUUGCGGAUAUACCUUACCCAAAGGAGCAUCUUGCUUUAUCUUAAGUUACUUCUUACACAGAGACGAAGACGUAUUUCCCGAUCCAGAAAAGUUUGAUCCAAAUCGGUUUUCACCAGAAAAUGCCAUAAAAAUACCUGAGUAUGCCUAUAUACCUUUUUCUGCUGGUCCAAGAAAUUGCAUUGGGUACAGAUUCGCAACAAUGGAAGUUAAGAUUCUUCUUGCAACUAUCUUGAGAAAUUUCACUGUUGAAUCUUUAGAAGAAAGGGACAAAGUGCUACCAGUAAUGCAAAUUGCAUUACAUCCCUCAUCACCAGUUUAUGUCAAAUUUAGAUCACGGUCAACACAGGAGAUUUAAAGAUCAUUGUAUUGCUUAUCUGUGAAAAAAAUGUAGAAUAAAAUAAGGAUUUCUUUUUGUCUCACAUAAAUAUAUAAUGAAAGCAAAAAUGUUUAAACUUACUCUACCUUCAUAUGAGUGAGUUAAAUUUUUAUCAUAAUUCUUUAAACUG